GCUCUAGCCACCACACCUCCUUGUCGUCGCUGCUCCCCGUCCCGCGAGCCGCGAGGGUGUUGGUCCGCCCCGCAGGGGGGCGCUCUGGGCCUGCGGAGGCGACGCUCUGGUGGUGGUGGCGGCCGCGCGGGCGGGAGGCGGCGGUAUGUCGGGCUGCGAGGAGGAGGUGGGGGACAGCUACAGCUCGGCCGAGGAUGAGGACUACGUGCCCUCAGGUGCGGAGUACAGCGAGGAGGACGAGAGUGAGCUGCUGAGGGAGGAGGAGGAGGAGGCGGAGGCGGCCGGCCCGAGGCCCACCCGCAGCAGGAGCAGCCCCCGGCGGGCCGCCUGCAGGAAGAAGAAGAGGAGAGGCCUUGUGCUCGAGGCUGAUGAGAAAGAGGAAGGAAAGGCUCAGGAAAACGAAGAUGAGGAGGAUGACUUAAAGCAGUCAGAAAGAGACCAGGAAGAAGAAGAAAAAAAAAAAGAGGAUGCACUUUGGGCCAGCUUCCUCAGCGAUGUGGGACAGAAGCCCAAGGCAGUGGCCACACAAGCGACACGUGCUGACAAGACUGGAGACGAGAAGAGCGUGAACAAGCUUCAGGGGAAACCGAAAGAGUCUGAGAAGCCAAAAGAUUCAGGAAAAGUCACGAUCACCAAAGUGUUCGACUUUGCUGGUGAGGAAGUCAGAGUGACUAAAGAAGUGGACUCAACCUCAAAAGAAGCUAAAUCUUUUUUGAAGCAGCAAGAGAAGUGGCAGUCAUCAGCUCCCGGUUCCCUCCCAACUGUCUCUGGGGUGAAGAGGCCGAGCGGUAUCAGCAGCCUCCUGGGGAAGAUUGGCUCCAAAAAGCAGAAGAUGAGCACGCUGGAGAAGUCCAAGCUGGACUGGGAGAACUUCAAGGAGGAGGAGGGCAUUGUGGAGGAGCUGGCGAUCCACAACCGAGGGAAAGACGGGUACAUCGAGAGGAAGGCGUUCCUGGAGCGCGUGGACCACAGGCAGUUCGAGAUCGAGCGUGACAUCAGGCUGAGCAGGAUGAAGCCCUGAGGGCCGGGAUGGCUGUGGGGUCCCGCUGCCCUGUGCCCCAGCUGGGAGACGCCAGCCCCCGCCUGGCCACAGGGCACAGAAACUGUUCUCUACCCAAGCCUGUUUGUCUCGGCAGGUUUUUCCUUUUACUGUAAUGUUUGGGGAGGGUGCUUGUCAGUGGGCAGUGCGUGCUGCGAGGGUCCCAUCACCCAGCAGGUGACAGAAGUGACCCCGUGGCACCGAUCCUUCGCCACCGCUGGGUGUUGCCGGGCUCACACACAAACCAGUAUCGGCUGACGUGUGCGGUGGUGAGAGGGGCCGCGGGGAAGGCUUUGUGGCUGCUGCGUGUGCACAGGCUGUAGGGCUGGAGCCCUGCGCCCUGCUCUGCCAGCCCUGCAGCCUCCCCUGCCCCUCCUCGCUCUUGCCCAGACAAAGCCGAACUGUCUGCACUUGUCUGUGGGGUCUGAUGGUGCUGGGGGUUUUGAAGCAAGCCGAUGAAGAAAUCCUCCCUUGUUCGCUCCGUCGAGGAGCUCAGAGCAGCUGCGGCAGGCAGGCCGGGCCAGGGUCUGUUCACGUGAAUAAAGUGUUCCAUCCUGGCGCUCCGUGUGCUCACAGCCUGGCUGCUUUGGGAAGCAGAGGGCAGAGAAAUUGAGGGUCGCUGUUACAAGCGUGCAACCACGAUCGUGGAAAUCCCUGCACGGCACCUGCCUGCCCUUGGUCCAGAGAGCUCACCGGGCUGUCCGCAUGGGAUGCUGCAGGGCAGAAGCAGCCACGGGCAUCUCCCACACUGUUCCGUGGCAGCGCCAGGCCCAUGCUCACCGCCGGCGCUGGCCCCGUGCCUCGGCCCCGAGCCUGGGCUGAGCUCCGGGCUCACGUGUCGGCUGCUGAGUCAGCCCUUGUGCUGGGGAUGCGCUGGGGAUGGACACGAACAAAACACCACGUGCUCGGGGAGCCGCAGCCCUUGGCUGCGUUACGCACAGGAUGAGCUCUUAUCGACCUGCUUCAACGAGCCCCAAAUGGGACGGCACCGAAGCGGGGCUGGUGGGACAGAUGCCUGCGCCUGCCGACACUUCCAAGCCAGUCACUCCAUGGCAGCGGGGAACGGCUGUGCCUCUGCUGCCCAUCCCAGCCCGUCCCCGCGCUGUCCCAGCUCUGCUGCAGCCCGGGCAGGGUGGGGGCCGGUGGGAGGUGGCAGCUCCAGUUCCAGCACAGGGCUCGGCUCUGGUGUCCUCUGCCAGCGCUCCCCGGUGUCCUGCAUGUUUCCUCGCUUGGAUCAUGUGUUUCUUGCCUCCCUUUCCUGAAGAUGAGGAGUGAUUUACAGGGCUCCAGAAAACACGGCCUGGCUGCUUAGGAAUUGGAAAAAAAAAAAAAAAGGAAUAAAACGCAACAGAAAAGUA